AUGACAAUGAAUGGCGGUGAUCUCCUGACGGCCAAUGGAGACCUGGGUGUGACGGUUUCGCUCUCGGCGGAUUUAGCGGAUCGUCUUCGCCAGCAUCAGCCUCCCCUUCCGUCGCAACAACAGCCCAAGCUUUCCUUCUUGUCCAAGAAAAAGGAUGGUGACAGUGACGAUGACAGUGAUGAUGAGGAAGAAGAAGCUGCAUUUGUCGCACCCACCAGUGAGGAUCCACUGGAUGAUUGGAAUGAGGAACUUCCAGGCGUUUCUGCUGCUGCCGCUGAAGAAGAAGAAGAUGCCAAGGAAGAAGAAAAUAAUGACGAUGAUGAUGAUGAUACCAGUGUGGACAGCAUCGACAGCGAUUCGCCUCCACCUCACAUGCCCGUCAUGGUGGUCGAUGCCGCACGCCUGGCUGGCUAUCGUCCUUCCUGCAUGAAAGACAUGGAACGUCAAAUUCACGCGGCAUUGUGGUAUGGAUCGGCCAGCAAUCCAGACGACGACAACAAUAUACAACACGAUGUAGAAGCGGCCCAACAUUUUGAUCGGCGAUUGACGGAAUUGCUCGAAGGAGGAGUGGCUCGUCAUGCCACGACGGAAGAAAUGAAUGACGAAACCAAACCAGAAUACUCCGUGCUGGUACGGUAUCCAGAAUUUCUGUGUACCAAUGGCUCGACCACCGUGGCAUCCACAUCGAAAAUGUGGAAACAACUCUUGCGACGACACCCCAUUGCAGUUGUGGACACGUUGUUGCAAAAAUUACACGCGUGCAAUCGAACGUUGGUGUGGAAACAUGCCAUGCAUCAAGAAUUGUGGAAGCUGGCAAAGCACGAAGAACACGCCAAACAACGUCGACACCAAUCGCAAGCAUUGCGAGAAUGGAAAACGACCAAACGAACGCAUCAAUUGGAACAACUCUAUAAAGUCAGUGAAACACUCCAACAUCGCAUGGAAAUGGCAAAUGCCAAAUUAGCCGAAUUGGAAAAAGCGAGAGAUCAAGCCGUGGCGGUGGAAUUGAGACGACGUCGUGUGGCCACGGGAGUGGGCGGGCUGGAAGCGCUCGAUUUGAAUUCCACUAUUUUGGCAUUUCCCGAUCAAGAUUCGCCGUGGUUGGGAUUGGCGCAAGACGAGGAUGACGACGACUAUUAUGACGAUCAAAUUGGACCAUCGUUUAUCAGUGAUGAAGACGAUGACAAUGACGACCACGACCGCGAGUAUGAUGGUGGAGCAUCGGAUGAUGGCCGUGAUGAUGAUGCUGAUACUGACGACGAUGGGAACGCAGACAACAACAAGAACAACAAUGAUGAGGCAGCCACGACAACCGCAACCGAAACAGAAUUACCAGCAUCGUUUCCUCGCAGACGCGGCAAUAAAGCUCGAAAGGCUGCUUUGGCCAAGAGACGUCGCAAGCGCCUGGAAGAAGCGGCCAAGGAGGCCGAACACCAGUCCAAAUUGGAUCGAGCCAAGGCAGAAGAAGUCAAGAUUCGAGAGCUUUGCACCACCAACGAUCUCAAACUGGCUCAAGCCAUCAAGGCAGCAUUGCAGAAGAAGAUGGAAUCGGUCGAUGAACUCUUGGAAAGUUUGCAGGAAGAAGUCUGGGCGGACGAGGAAGCCCAAGAAAGUGGGCAACCGCUGAUUCCAGGCGGAGAACAAGACGACAACGGAGCUUCCACUAAUGAUGGCUUCUCGUUACUGGAUCAGGUGCUGGCUAUGAUCUUGGGCUCAUUCCCACCACCCACUUCGUCGUCGUCGAAUGCCAAGGAGAACGCUAGUCUUUUAGCCAAGCACACGCAGAAACUUCAACAGGAGCACAACCAGAUCGUCAAGGACUGGAAGGAACAUUUCGGACGUCUGCCAACCUCGUUGCUCGUGGAUCGUCCACCAGCACAAAAGCCGUCACAAACAGAUCAAAAGCCGUCACCAGAUCCCACUCAACAAGCAGAGCUUCGCAACUCCUACGGUAUUGAGGAUAAUGACGCGGACGACUGGGAUGAUGCUGAUUCCGAUGACGAUGAUGAAGGCGAGAACAACCAUUCGGGAAAUGAGGAGUCACCCGCACCUCCACGAGCACCACCAAAAGUGGGACUUAGACCUGGAGGCAAGGCACGGAGAUAG